CUUUUGGAGAGGCGCUCGGGGACUGCGAUUGGCUGCCACUGACACCUCGCCUACAAAAGUCACUUUUUUUUUCAUUGUUUUUUUUACUUUGUAGCUGAAUUGUGUGAAAACGUCUCUUUCUUUCCAGGAUCUCCCCCCCGAGGGACCGCCGGCUAGAGGAUGGCCAGGGAAACGCUCUGCUCGUCCUGCGCUCUGUGCCUGGGGGGCUUCCAUAGCUGUUCCUGCAAAAAGGCAAAGAAGACCAACCCAACGUGUGAGUGUAUUUGGGUCCUGCUGAUCUUCCUGAUCUUCUUCUUCACAAUGAUCUGGAUGUAUAUAACGCUGAUCCUAAGGAAUGACAUCCACAACUUCAAUGAGGAAAUCUUCCGCCUCCUCGGCUGUUGGCAGGACUGGUCUGUAGUGUUGAUAAUCGUGGCGGCCAUCCUUCUCUCGUAUUGUGCGCUCCUGGUGCUCCUCUCUAUGGUCCUGGUGGUGUGCGCUCGGCCCCUCAGACUGCACUGCGUACAUAAGGUUCUGAUCAUAUUCUGCGCCGCGCUGGUCUCUCUGGGAAUGAUCGGUUUGGAUAUAAAGUGGAAGAUCGAAUGGGCGGCGGUGGCGAUCUCCUUGCAGGCGACCAGUCCGUUCCUGCACAUCGGCGCGGUGAUCGGGGUGUCGGCCUUGGCCUGGGUACUCGCCGGAUAUUUCUGGGAAACGAAGGGAAAAGUAUUGAAGGGUCUGGUCCUGGUGAUGUACGUCCUCCUGGUCUGCGCGUUGUUUGUGAGUCCCAUCUUCACCGCGUCGCCCUGCGUCAUGAAGGCGUCUGACCUCCACCCCAAACCCAAGAUUAUAGGACAUCGGGGAGCACCAAUGUUGGCUCCAGAAAAUACAAUGAUGUCCUUCCAGAAGAUGGUGGAAUCCGGAGGAACCGUGUUUGAGACGGACGUCAGUGUGAGUUUGGAUGGAAUCCCGUUUCUGAUGCACGAUGAAACCCUGCGGAGGACAACCAACAUCAAGAAAUUUGCUGAGUUAUGGUUUCGGGACGGUGAAAAUUGCACCAACUUCACCUGGAAUGAUCUCCGGAAGCUGAACGCCGGUGAUUGGUUCCUGGAGAGAAAUCCAUUUGGAACAAACAACUUGCUGUCGGCUGCGGACCAUGAAGAGGUUAAAAAACAGAAAAUCCCGUCUCUGGAGGAGAUUGUAAACGCAUGCAGAGACCGGAACAUUUCCCUGAUAUUCGAUCUGCGUCAGCCGCCGCCCGGGCACCCGUACAACGAGAGCUUUGUGAACGUCACAGUGAGCGCCAUACUCAACACUUCCAUCAGUGAGGAGCUGAUCUUUUGGCUUCCUGAUGAUAACCGGGAGGAGGUCAUGAAGAGAGCUCCGGGAUUUAGGCAGAUUUAUGGAAGGAAGAGAAUGAAGAACGACACGCUGGACGCCGUCAAUCUGUCCUACACAAAUCUGAGCGUGGCCGAGAUCCGGUCCUACCGCAAAGAUAAUAUUUCAGUGAAUCUGUUUGUGGUGAAUGAAGCCUGGCUGUUCUCACAUCUGUGGUGUGCAGGAGCCACAUCUGUCACCUCUAACGCCUUCCAUCUGCUGAAAGACCUGAAGAGACCCAUCUGGCUGAUGGAUCCCGAUAAUUACUUGAUCAUAUGGAUUGUAGCGGAUGUUGUGGCGUUUAUCCACAUUAUAUGGGCGUUUGCAAUUCAGAAGAAAUGUUUACAGAGAAGAGAAGAAGAAUCCGAGACUGUGCUGCUGAUGAAGAUAGAGAAUCUGGUCUCCUGAUGUGACUUGAUGCUGCUUGGAGACGUCUGCGCCAUAACCGUCCCUUCUUCACUUUCCGGAAGGGGAAGCACUGAAUAUGGAGCAGACCCGUCUAAGAGACUUAUCAGAACUUUUAAAUCUCGCAAAUCUGUGCCAAGGGAAUGGAAGAGACCGAGGCCUACAAAAGAUUCUGAGACCAGCUGUGCCUUUGGGAUGUUCAGGGUGCCGUCUAUUUAUACAUUUGGAAGAUGUACUUUGGCCACUUUUCUGGUCAGUAGAACUCUUAAAGCCCAUUUUCAGCCAAAAAAAAACAAAUCUAUCUAAAUUUUUUAGUAGCGGAAGAAAAGGUCAGAACCUCUGUUGGGUUUUAGAUGUUAAGGUUCACGUACACUACAACUUCUGAACUUGAGUUUAGGAGCUUUUGGCAUUUUUGUUUUGCCAAAGUUCCCAAACUCAACUCAACUCCAUAAAAGCCUCCGUGUCCAACGGUCCAUGUAUAGACAGGCUUUCACAAGAGUUCAGAAGCUGCUGUGGUUAUGGGAGGUUCAACUUUCCUCUCCUGAACCCGGAAGACUCCGGUUCAGGAGAGGAACGUUUUGACUGCCGGGUGUAAAACGCAGUGAAAUUGCGGUGUUAUGUUGCGUUUUCCUGUGGUCAACUUAGUCUCUGUGUACAUGAGCCUCAACCUGUGUCCCGGCUGAGAUUUCUUCUCCCUUCCUGUUCUGUCUGACGCUCACCAGAUAGCCUGGAAGUGAGGAAAGAUCUCCAAGAUGGCAAUAAGAACCAGACAGGAAGUGAGGAAAGAUCUCCAAGAUGGCAAUAAGAACCAGACAGGAAGUGAGGAAAGAUCUCUACGAUGGCAAUAAGGACCAGACAGGAAGUGAGGAAAGAUCUCCAAGAUGGCAAUAAGGACCAGACAGGAAGUGAGGAAAGAUCUCCACGAUGGCAAUAAGAACCAGACGAGGCUUCUAACCCUUCCACACACUAUGCACACCUGAAUGUUCUUCUGGCUGGAUUUGGGCUUUAAGGUGAAAUAUUAUUUUUCUUAUUUUGGAAGAGGUGACAUUUUAUUAUAGAAUAUCUUUUAGAGAGGUUUAUAUAUUUUUGGAUAUUCUUUUUUGCACUAUUUAAAAAAUGUUGGUUUACAAACGGAGAUCCUUGUGUUACGCGUUUCUUAUCGCUGUCUUCCGUCUGCUUAGGCUUAUGGCAUCCAUGCGGUUCUUACUCCCUACGCUUUUUUUGUAUUAAAUUUGUAAAUAAGAGCUUUAACCCCUUCCUAUCCCUUCUUAGUGGCCAUUUAAGUGGGAGCUGGGGGCGGACUUCCCAAUCACAUAAAUCACUGCGAUUGGCUGUCCCAGUGGUCAUAUGAUUGGAAGCCCAUCAAUUUCGGAUCCCACAGACCAGCAGCUACUGUCUAUGACAGCUCGGCCACCGUGCCAGGAACAAGAUGAGGGCUCUCUGCUCCGAACCCUCAGCCGCCAAGGAUGCGUAUCUGCUGCAUACGGGCAUUAAGGCUCCGCCCCUUCCCCUACCACUGCCCAUAUAUAUGCAUUACAUGGCUGGCAAGAGAUUAAAUGUUGACUCCUAUAGGAUACCACCCAUGACCAUCAAAGCAAAGCGUCCUUCACAGACUUUUAAAGAUCCAAAUCUUUUAGAUUCGCAAAGUCCAUCCGGAGCACUUUACGGAGGGAAAGAGGGUGGUGUACCCACUUCUUUCUGGAGGGGAAGAGGGUGGUGUACCCACUUCUUUCUGGAGGGAAAGAGGGUGGUGGUGGUGUACCCACUUCUUUGUGGAGGGGAAGAGGGUGGUGUACCAACUUCUUUGUGGAGGGGAAGAGGGUGGUGGUGGUGUACCCACUUCUUUCUGGAGGGGAAGAGGGUGGUGGUGGUGUACCCACUUCUUUCUGGAGGGGAAGAGGGUGGUGGUGGUGUACCCACUUCUUUGUGGAGGGGAAGAGGGUGGUGGUGGUGUACCCACUUCUUUGUGGAGGGGAAGAGGGUGGUGGUGUACCCACUUCUUUGCCGAACGAGUAAUAAUCCAAUAGAAGAAAAUUUUUCUAUAAAAAAAAUACGCUUUUAUUCCUCGGUUGCCCUGAAGAACUGGAGGGGGGGGGGGGCCCAACCCUGAAAUAAGUUGGCCGUAUUAUACGGUUAAUCAGCGCUCUUUAAAACAAAGUUGCCCGACUCUGUGGAAGGUCUCGCCCACUCUAUGCCGGGGCCGGCGGGCCUUGGUGGUGGCACUUUUUGUAGAUGGACAGGAUGCACCACCCAGGACGGACAUCCAACUCCAUUUAUGCCAACAACCCCCCCCACUGGUCCCUCCAGGAGUAGAGCAGCCCAGGUCCAGUACAUGGGGACCUGGGCUGCUUUACCAAACCCUUCAGCUUUGGUAAAGUAGAAGCCGCGCUGAACUCUCAACCCAAAUCUGAAGGUGAAUAACGGAGGAGUCAUUAAUUUCGAGCCUCCACCAUUACAAAUCCAUUCGGGUCCUGGUCUGAGGAGUCCGUCCUUGCUUCAUGAAGAUGCAGAAAAGGAGAAGAAGAAGAAGUCACACACCAAUGAUGUCACUUGGCUCGGUCAAUAUUUAGUCAGCUAUAAAAAGCGAAACAGUUAAUUUUCACAAGGAGGAGACAGACCCUCUCUGUUAUGUUUCGUCUUCAGGGACGUAGUCAUGUGAACUGCGUUUUUUUUUCUUUUUAUGGCUGAAUAAACAUUGACCGAGCCAAGUGACGUCUUUCAGUGUGUUUUCAUGGAGUGAGGACGAGGAACCGAUUGGUUCUGCAGUGGUGGAGGCGGCUUGGAUCGACGGCUCCUGCAAUACUGACCCCGAAGAUUUGGUUUCAGUGCCACCCUACACUCCAAAAAGGACAGGUCCCCUUUAAAGCUCACACCCCGACCCAUUUAUACCCGCCAAACACAGCUCUCCCCCUUGUCUUGGUGUAGCUACUCCUGGUGCUUCCAGGGAUUGGGGGGGCAUGGUAAUGGGGUAGUGCUCAGGUCUAGUAGCCAAUUACUAGGCCUGAACACUGUCACAUGACAAUGAUGUCAUGAGGGGAUGAUGUCAUCACUCCUCCUACUCUUCUGUCAGUGGGGGGAGCACCAUGAAGGUGUAUAGUAGAUGUUGAGGUUUAAAGAGGCCCUGUCUCCUUGCCCUGAAAGGGUGAGGUGGUAAGGUCUCCUCUUUAACUUACUGUCUGUAAAAUGUGCCGGGAUGUGAGGCCUGAAUAAAUAAAACUUUAAUUAAAAAACAAAA